GCGGCUCCUCAGCAGCGGGGCGGAUGGCGAGCGACAAGCCGGGCCCGGGGCUCGAGCCGCAGCCCGCCGCGCUCCUGGCCGUCGGGGCCGGCGGCGGUGCAGGCGGCGGCGGUGCCAUGGGGGAGCCGCGGGGCUCGGCCGGCUCCGGGGCCGGCCCGGUGGUGCUGCCCGCGGGGAUGAUCAACCCUUCGGUGCCGAUCCGCAACAUCCGGAUGAAAUUCGCCGUUCUGAUCGGACUCAUACAGGUCGGCGAGGUCAGCAACAGGGACAUCGUGGAGACCGUGCUCAACCUGCUGGUUGGUGGGGAAUUUGAUUUGGAGAUGAACUUUAUUAUCCAGGAUGCUGAGAGCAUAACAUGUAUGACAGAGCUUUUGGAACACUGUGAUGUAACAUGUCAAGCAGAAAUAUGGAGUAUGUUUACAGCCAUCCUGCGAAAAAGUGUUCGGAAUUUACAGACCAGCACAGAAGUGGGGCUAAUUGAGCAAGUAUUGCUGAAAAUGAGUGCUGUAGAUGACAUGAUAGCAGAUCUUCUAGUUGAUAUGCUGGGGGUUCUUGCAAGCUACAGCAUCACUGUCAAGGAGCUGAAGCUUUUAUUCAGCAUGCUUCGAGGAGAAAGUGGAAUCUGGCCAAGGCAUGCAGUAAAAUUAUUGUCAGUUCUUAAUCAGAUGCCUCAAAGACACGGUCCUGAUACAUUUUUCAAUUUCCCUGGGUGUAGUGCUGCGGCAAUUGCAUUGCCUCCUAUUGCAAAGUGGCCUUAUCAGAAUGGCUUCACCCUCAACACUUGGUUUCGUAUGGAUCCAUUAAAUAACAUUAAUGUUGAUAAGGAUAAACCUUAUCUUUAUUGUUUUCGUACUAGCAAAGGAGUUGGUUACUCUGCUCAUUUUGUUGGCAACUGUUUGAUAGUCACAUCUCUGAAGUCCAAAGGAAAAGGUUUCCAGCACUGUGUGAAGUAUGAUUUCCAACCACGCAAGUGGUACAUGAUCAGCAUCGUCCACAUCUACAAUCGAUGGAGGAACAGUGAGAUCCGCUGUUAUGUCAAUGGCCAGCUGGUAUCCUAUGGUGACAUGGCUUGGCAUGUUAAUACAAAUGAUAGCUAUGACAAGUGCUUUCUUGGAUCUUCAGAAACUGCUGAUGCCAAUAGGGUAUUCUGUGGCCAGCUUGGGGCUGUGUAUGUGUUCAGUGAAGCUCUUAACCCAGCACAGAUAUUUGCAGUUCAUCAGCUAGGACCUGGUUAUAAGAGUACCUUCAAAUUUAAAUCUGAGAGUGAUAUUCAUUUGGCAGAACAUCACAAACAGGUUCUAUAUGAUGGGAAACUUGCAAGUAGUAUUGCCUUUUCAUACAAUGCCAAGGCCACUGAUGCUCAGCUUUGUCUGGAGUCCUCACCAAAAGAAAAUGCAUCCAUAUUUGUGCAUUCCCCACAUGCACUGAUGCUCCAGGAUGUGAAAGCUAUAGUAACACAUUCAAUUCAUAGUGCAAUUCAUUCAAUUGGAGGGAUUCAAGUACUUUUCCCACUUUUUGCCCAACUGGACAAUCGACAGCUCAAUGACAGUCAAGUGGAAACAACUGUCUGUGCUACUCUUUUGGCAUUCCUCGUUGAACUACUUAAAAGUUCAGUAGCCAUGCAAGAACAGAUGCUGGGUGGAAAAGGCUUUUUAGUCAUCGGCUACUUACUUGAAAAGUCAUCAAGAGUUCACAUAACUAGAGCUGUCUUGGAGCAGUUUUUAUCAUUUGCAAAGUACCUUGAUGGCUUAUCUCAUGGAGCACCAUUACUGAAGCAGCUAUGUGACCACAUUUUAUUCAACCCUGCCAUCUGGAUACACACACCUGCAAAGGUUCAACUUUCCCUAUAUACAUACUUGUCUGCUGAGUUUAUUGGAACUGCUACCAUCUAUACCACUAUACGGAGAGUCGGAACAGUAUUGCAGCUGAUGCACACAUUAAAAUAUUACUACUGGGUCAUUAACCCUGCUGACAGCAGUGGCAUCACACCUAAAGGGUUAGAUGGUCCCCGGCCAUCACAGAAAGAGAUCAUAUCACUUCGGGCUUUUAUGUUACUUUUUCUGAAACAGCUCAUAUUAAAGGAUCGAGGAGUGAAAGAAGAUGAACUUCAGAGUAUAUUAAAUUAUUUACUUACAAUGCAUGAGGAUGAAAAUAUCCAUGAUGUAUUACAGUUAUUAGUGGCCCUAAUGUCAGAACACCCAGCCUCAAUGAUACCAGCAUUUGAUCAAAGAAAUGGAAUAAGGGUGAUCUACAAAUUAUUGGCCUCUAAAAGUGAAAGUAUCUGGGUCCAAGCGCUGAAAGUUCUGGGAUAUUUUUUGAAGCAUUUAGGUCAUAAGCGAAAAGUUGAAAUUAUGCAUACUCAUAGUCUCUUCACUCUUCUUGGAGAAAGGUUGAUGCUGCAUACAAACACUGUGACUGUCACUACAUACAACACACUUUAUGAGAUCUUGACAGAGCAAGUGUGUACACAAGUUGUGCAUAAACCCCACCCAGAGCCGGACUCCACAGUGAAAAUUCAGAACCCCAUGAUUCUUAAGGUGGUGGCAACUUUGUUAAAAAACUCAACACCAAGCGCAGAAUUGAUGGAAGUCCGUCGGUUGUUUUUAUCUGACAUGAUUAAGCUUUUCAGUAACAGCCGUGAAAAUAGAAGAUGCUUACUGCAGUGUUCAGUGUGGCAGGACUGGAUGUUUUCUCUUGGGUAUAUCAAUCCAAAAACUUCUGAGGAACAGAAAAUUACUGAGAUGGUCUACAACAUUUUCCGGAUUCUUUUGUAUCAUGCAAUAAAAUAUGAAUGGGGAGGCUGGAGAGUCUGGGUGGACACACUCUCAAUAGCUCAUUCCAAGGUUACUUAUGAAGCACACAAAGAGUAUCUGGCCAAAAUGUAUGAGGAGUAUCAGCGACAAGAGGAGGAGAACAUUAAGAAGGGGAAGAAGGGAAAUGUGAGCACCAUCUCUGGCCUUUCAUCACAGACGACAGGGGCAAAAGGAGGAAUGGAGAUCCGGGAAAUAGAAGACCUUUCCCAAAGCCAGAGUCCAGAGAGUGAGACAGACUACCCAGUGAGCACCGACACACGAGACUUGCUCAUGUCAACCAAAGUAUCGGAUGAUAUUCUCGGAAGUUCAGACAGACCUGGCAGUGGGGUGCAUGUAGAAGUACAUGAUCUUCUAGUUGAUAUAAAAGCAGAGAAAGUGGAAGCAACGGAAGUAAAGCUUGAUGACAUGGAUUUAUCACCAGAGACCUUGGUGGGUGGAGAGAACGGCGCCCUCGUGGAGGUGGAGUCCUUGUUGGAUAAUGUGUACAGUGCUGCUGUUGAGAAACUCCAGAAUAAUGUGCAUGGAAGUGUGGGCAUCAUUAACAAGAAUGAAGAGAAGGACAAUGGUCCAUUGAUCACACUAGCAGAUGAAAAGGAGGAGCUUCCAAACAGUAGCACAUCCUUCCUCUUUGAUAAAAUACCCAAACAGGAAGAGAAACUACUUCCAGAACUUUCUAGCAAUCACAUCAUCCCAAAUAUUCAAGACGCCCAAGUACAUCUUGGUGUCAGUGAUGAUCUUGGACUGCUUGCUCACAUGACUGCGAGUGUAGACUUAACUUGCACAUCAAGUAUAAUGGAAGAGAAAGACUUCAGAAUUCAUACGACUUCAGAUGGAGUGAGCAGUGUCUCUGAAAGAGAGUUAGCAUCAUCAACUAAGGGGCUAGACUAUGCUGAAAUGACUGCUACAACCUUGGAAACAGAGUCUUCCAAUAGCAAGAUUGUCCCAAAUAUUGAUGCAGGAAGUAUAAUUUCAGACACUGAGCGAUCUGAUGAUGGCAAAGAAUCAGGAAAGGAAAUCCGAAAAAUCCAGACCACUGCUACAACACAAGCUGUUCAGGGCCGGUCUGUCACCCAACAAGAUCGAGAUCUCAGAGUUGAUUUAGGAUUUCGGGGAAUGCCAAUGACUGAGGAACAGCGGCGCCAGUUCAGCCCUGGUCCCCGGACUACCAUGUUCCGGAUUCCUGAGUUUAAGUGGUCUCCGAUGCACCAGCGCCUUCUCACUGACCUGUUGUUUGCGUUGGAGACAGAUGUGCAUGUGUGGAGAAGCCAUUCUACAAAGUCUGUAAUGGAUUUUGUCAACAGCAAUGAAAACAUUAUUUUUGUACAUAACACGAUUCACCUCAUUUCCCAGAUGGUAGACAACAUUAUCAUUGCCUGUGGAGGAAUUUUACCUUUGCUCUCUGCAGCAACUUCGCCAACUACGGAACUGGAAAACAUUGAAGUGACACAAGGCAUGUCGGCAGAGACGGCAGUGACGUUUCUCAGCCGACUCAUGGCUAUGGUUGAUGUCCUUGUGUUUGCCAGCUCGCUAAACUUUAGUGAGAUUGAAGCUGAAAAAAAUAUGUCUUCUGGAGGGCUAAUGAGACAGUGCCUAAGGCUAGUUUGUUGUGUAGCUGUGAGAAACUGUUUAGAAUGUCGACAGAGACAGAGAGACAGGGGAAACAAAUCUUCCCAUGGAAGCAGUAAACCUCAGGAAGCACCACAAAGUGCGAGCGCCACAGCAGCAUCCAAGACUCCCUUAGAAAAUGUCCCAGGUAACCUUUCUCCUAUCAAGGAUCCUGACAGACUUCUUCAGGAUGUUGAUAUCAAUCGCCUUCGUGCUGUUGUCUUUCGAGAUGUGGAUGAUAGCAAGCAGGCACAGUUCUUAGCUCUGGCUGUUGUUUACUUCAUCUCUGUUCUGAUGGUGUCUAAGUAUCGGGACAUAUUAGAACCCCAGAGAGAGACUGCAAGAUCUGGAAGCCAGCCGGGUAGAAACAUCAGACAAGAAAUAAAUUCACCAACAAGUACAGUUGUGGUAAUACCAUCUAUCCCUCAUCCAAGUCUGAACCAUGGACUUCUUGCCAAGCUGAUGCCUGAGCAGAGUUUUGCCCAUUCAUUUUACAAAGAAACACCUGCUCCAUUUCCAGACACUGUAAAGGAGAAGGAAACACCAGCCCCUGGUGAAGAUAUUCAGCUGGAGAGUUCAGUUCCUCACACAGAUUCCGGAAUGGUAGAGGAGCAAGUAGCUAGCAUCCUGGAUGGGGCAGAGCUAGAGACUGGUGCAGGUCCUGAUGCAAUGAGUGAACUUUUAUCCACUUUGUCAUCCGAAGUAAAGAAGUCGCAGGAGAGCUUGACUGAACAUCCCAGUGAAAUCCUGAAACCUGCGCCAUCCAUAUCUAGCAUUAGUCAAACCAAAGGCAUUAAUGUCAAGGAGAUACUGAAAAGUCUUGUGGCUGCCCCGGUUGAGAUUGCCGAAUGUGGCCCUGAGCCUAUUCCAUACCCAGACCCAGCACUGAAGAGAGAAGCGCAAGCUAUUCUUCCGAUGCAGUUUCAUUCCUUUGACAGGAGUGUGGUGGUGCCUGUCAAGAAGCCACCGCCAGGAAGUCUAGCUGUCACCACUGUGGGAGCCACUGCUGCGGGAAGCGGGCUGCCAACAGGCAGUACCUCAAGUAUAUUUGCUGCCCCUGGAGCUACACCAAAAAGUAUGAUUAACACGACAGGUGCUGUGGAUUCAGGGUCCUCCUCCUCUUCCUCCUCUUCUAGUUUUGUGAAUGGUGCUACCAGCAAAAAUCUUCCAGCUGUACAAACCGUAGCCCCAAUGCCAGAAGAUUCAGCUGAGAACAUGAGCAUCACUGCAAAACUUGAAAGAGCUUUAGAAAAAGUUGCUCCUCUUCUUCGUGAAAUUUUUGUAGACUUUGCCCCAUUCCUAUCUCGUACACUUCUGGGCAGUCAUGGACAAGAGCUAUUGAUAGAAGGCCUUGUUUGUAUGAAGUCCAGCACAUCUGUGGUGGAGCUCGUCAUGCUGCUUUGCUCUCAGGAGUGGCAGAAUUCUAUCCAGAAGAAUGCAGGCCUUGCAUUUAUUGAACUCAUCAAUGAAGGAAGAUUGUUGUGCCAUGCUAUGAAGGACCACAUAGUCCGUGUUGCAAAUGAAGCUGAGUUCAUCUUGAACAGACAGAGAGCAGAGGAUGUACAUAAGCAUGCAGAGUUUGAGUCACAGUGCGCACAAUAUGCUGCCGACAGGAGGGAGGAGGAGAAGAUGUGUGACCACCUCAUCAGUGCUGCCAAGCACCGUGACCACGUAACAGCCAACCAGCUCAAGCAGAAGAUUCUCAACAUCCUCACGAACAAGCAUGGUGCCUGGGGGGCCGUGUCACACAGUCAAUUGCAUGAUUUCUGGCGCCUGGAUUACUGGGAGGAUGAUCUUCGCCGAAGGAGAAGAUUUGUUCGAAAUGCCUUUGGCUCCACACAUGCUGAAGCCCUGCUCAAAUCUGCAGUAGAGUACGGCACUGAAGAAGAUGUAGUGAAGUCCAAGAAAGCAUUCAGGAGCCAAGCAAUCGUGAACCAGAACUCAGAGACUGAGCUUAUGUUGGAAGGAGAUGAUGAUGCGGUCAGCCUGCUCCAGGAGAAAGAAAUUGACAACCUCGCAGGCCCUGUGGUUCUCAGCACCCCUGCCCAGCUCAUUGCUCCUGUGGUGGUGGCCAAGGGAACUCUCUCCAUCACCACAACAGAAAUCUACUUCGAGGUAGAUGAGGAUGAUGCUGCCUUCAAGAAGAUCGACACAAAAGUUCUUGCAUACACUGAGGGACUUCAUGGGAAGUGGAUGUUCAGUGAGAUCCGAGCUGUGUUUUCGAGACGCUAUCUUCUGCAGAACACAGCGCUGGAAGUGUUUAUGGCAAACCGAACCUCUGUGAUGUUUAAUUUUCCUGACCAAGCAACAGUUAAAAAAGUUGUCUACAGUUUGCCUCGGGUUGGAGUGGGGACCAGCUAUGGUUUGCCACAAGCCAGGAGGAUAUCACUGGCCACUCCUCGACAGCUGUAUAAGUCUUCCAACAUGACUCAACGCUGGCAAAGAAGGGAAAUCUCCAACUUUGAGUAUUUGAUGUUUCUCAACACCAUAGCAGAUAAUUUACUUGUAGCUUUAGUAGGUAAAAUUCCAAAUCAGAAACAUAUUUUAAGUAGUAAAGGAGAGCCAAUUGGUGCUUUGAACCCAAAGAGAGCAGUGUUUUACGCAGAGCGCUAUGAGACAUGGGAAGACGAUCAAAGCCCGCCCUACCACUAUAAUACACAUUACUCAACAGCGACUUCUGCGCUAUCGUGGCUCGUUCGAAUUGAACCAUUCACAACCUUCUUCCUCAAUGCGAAUGAUGGGAAGUUUGACCAUCCAGACCGAACCUUCUCAUCCAUUUCGAGAUCAUGGAGAACCAGUCAGAGAGAUACCUCCGAUGUCAAGGAACUAAUUCCGGAGUUCUACUACCUACCAGAGAUGUUUGUCAACAGUAAUGGGUACCAGCUGGGUGUCAGGGAGGACGAAGUGGUUGUUAAUGACGUGGACCUUCCUCCCUGGGCCAAGAAGCCAGAAGACUUCGUGCGGAUCAACAGGAUGGCUCUGGAAAGUGAAUUUGUUUCUUGCCAACUCCAUCAGUGGAUUGACCUCAUAUUUGGCUACAAACAGCGAGGGCCAGAGGCAGUUCGUGCUCUGAAUGUUUUCCACUACUUGACCUACGAAGGCUCAGUGAACCUGGACAGCAUCACAGACCCUGUGCUCCGAGAGGCCAUGGAAGCACAGAUACGGAACUUGGGACAGACGCCAUCUCAGCUGCUCAUUGAGCCCCAUCCACCUAGGAGCUCGGCCAUGCACCUGUGCUUCCUUCCACAGAGCCCACUCAUGUUUAAGGAUCAGAUGCAGCAGGAUGUGAUAAUGGUGCUGAAGUUUCCAUCCAACUCUCCCGUGACCCACGUGGCUGCCAACACCCUGCCCCACCUGACCAUCCCUGCAGUGGUGACUGUGACCUGCAGCCGCCUGUUUGCAGUGAACAGGUGGCACAAUACAGUUGGCCUCAGAGGAGCCCCAGGGUACUCCUUGGAUCAAGCACAUCAUCUUCCCAUUGAGAUGGACCCGUUAAUUGCAAAUAAUUCUGGUGUGAACAAGCGACAGAUCACAGACCUCGUGGACCAGAGCAUCCAGAUCAACGCCCACUGCUUUGUGGUCACAGCAGAUAAUCGCUACAUCCUCAUCUGUGGAUUUUGGGAUAAGAGUUUCAGAGUUUACUCUACAGAAACAGGGAAACUGACGCAGAUUGUAUUUGGCCAUUGGGAUGUGGUCACAUGCCUGGCCAGGUCCGAGUCCUAUAUCGGUGGGGACUGCUACAUUGUGUCUGGAUCUCGGGACGCCACCUUGCUUCUCUGGUACUGGAGUGGGAGGCACCAUAUUAUAGGAGACAACCCCAACAGCAGUGACUAUCCUGCGCCCAGAGCUGUCCUCACAGGCCAUGACCAUGAAGUUGUCUGUGUCUCCGUCUGCGCAGAACUGGGACUCGUUAUAAGUGGUGCUAAAGAGGGCCCUUGCCUUGUCCAUACCAUCACUGGAGACCUGCUGAGGGCCCUGGAAGGACCAGAAAACUGCUUGUUUCCACGCCUAAUUUCUGUAUCCAGUGAAGGCCACUGCAUCAUAUACUAUGAGCGAGGACGGUUCAGCAACUUCAGUAUCAAUGGGAAACUUUUGGCUCAAAUGGAGAUCAAUGACUCCACUAGGGCUAUUCUCCUGAGCAGCGAUGGACAGAACCUGGUGACUGGAGGGGACAAUGGUGUGGUGGAGGUCUGGCAGGCCUGUGAUUUCAAGCAGCUGUACAUUUACCCCGGAUGUGAUGCUGGCAUUAGAGCCAUGGAUUUAUCCCAUGACCAAAGGACUCUGAUCACUGGCAUGGCUUCCGGAAGCAUUGUAGCUUUUAAUAUAGAUUUUAAUCGGUGGCAUUAUGAGCAUCAGAACAGGUACUGAAGAGAAGCAGCGGAAGCCACGUUCAAGUGGGAGCACACGUGGAAAGGCAGUAUCUCUGGUGGGGACACUCGUCCAUAUCGGCCUCUGUACACCCAUCCCACCCAGCAGUUGCCGAACAUCAUAGUUGGGAGCCAUUUCACCCUGUUUUUCCAGGACUGAACACCAGCUGCUGUCAAGCAAGCUUAUAUCAUGUAAAUUAUCUGAAUUAGGAGACGUUUUGGUAAUUAUUUCAUAUAUCGCCGUUUAUUGAGAAAAGGUUGUAGGAAGCCUCACAAGAGACUUUUGACAAUUCUGAGGAACCUUGUGCCCAGUUGUUACAAAGUUUAAGCUUUGAACCUAACCUGCAUCCCAUUUACAGCCUCUUUUCAAGCUGAGAAAACAAAACCCACGUUUGAUACUUUGUACAUCAUAUGCAUCUUAUUUAAAGGGAUACUUUUGUAAAAGUGAAACCUUGUAUAAAGAAAGAGCAGCCUUUGUUAAUUUACUGUGGAGUUACAACCUGCAUGCUCCCUACUCCCCACGUCUCGAUGGAACGGGUGCAGUGAAGCUAGGAAACGGAAAGAACACAGCUUGUUCAAAAGGGUUGAAUUUGGGCUCAAUCCAUAAUUUUUUUGACAUUUUCACUAAAAUAUGGUUUGCACUUUUUAAUCUAAAUUCAUCCCUUCUAAGUGAAGUUUGCUCAUAUAGCAUUUGGAUACUAAGCCAUUAUUUGCCACUGUUGGUAUUUUUUACAAAGAUAAUUCAGCCCUGCCCUUUAGGACCUGAAGAUGCAAUAGAAAGGGAGCCUGGGCAGGAGGGCCUGGUUUCUACUGUGUGUACAUGGGAGUCAUGAUCAUUAGCCCCAGGGCAUCGACCUCCCAGCACUGGACAUCUCUCCCUGGUGUCAGUCUGCUGGCUCCAUGUCUACGUAUCGGGAGGAUCAGGAUGCUAAAGUUUUCUUCUCUUUGCUUCUCAAACAGCAUAGUUCAAUAAUGAGUCAGACUUUAUUACAAAAAUAACAAACUUACCCCUUUUGUUUCUUGUGAGUUUCCCACCUAAAGCCACAUUCCUAGCCUAAGGCAUUUUAUCUUUUCCAGUAUCAAAUGAUGGCUCUCAAAUUAUUUUUCCAUCCAUUGUCCCGAUCCAGCUAUCACCCAGGGGUCUAUACAUUUUCUUCAUGUUUCUUCUUUGUAUAUUUGGUGACUGUAUUGUCAUAGGUGUACAUAUCGUGUCGGUAGGGCUAUGAGGCAUGUUACAGGAAUGUAAUUUUCUCAGAAUUUACACUCAUUUGCAGUCAUUUAUUUCAAAAGAUAAAACAGGAUAAUGGGUUCUUUGUAUUGGCACUUUGCACCAGAAACAUAUCAUUAUUUAUUGCUGUGAUUACUUAUUUGUCAUCCACCUUGUACUAGAAAGUUUUAGCACUGAAUUAUUCCUUCUUCAUUGUUGUUUGUAUUUAUGAAAUUCGGAAAUUAUGGGGAAUCAGUGUACUGAUUACGUUAUUCAUCACCAGGCUGUGAGCAAUAUCUUGAGUUUGUAGCUUAGAAUUGGGAAGGCACUGAACAUCUGGAAGACAAGGUCAUUUCAUCUUGAGAUCAUGGUGAAAUAUUUUGGAUAUAUAAAUUCCUUAAGCUAUUGUAACCACGUUUUAUUGCAAAGAUGUAAAAUAUGCCAGAUGUGUGUGAGUUGGAAAUCAAAAAAAUGAAAAAUAAAAUAUGCAAAGAAUUCA